CAGGCUGUCACCCUGCUCGGUGCCCCCUCCGGGGUGACUCGGGCUCGAGAUGCUAAACUGUUUGCCCUCUCGUUACCGCUUCCUGGACCUGAUCAUCGCGCUAGGCGGUACCCUGACCUUCCUGGUGGACUUGGGCUUGGACGUGUGGGCGGCGGUGCAGUAUUACAGAGCCGGGGACCUGGCCUGGGCCGCCCUGCAACUCUCCUUCUACGGAUUGUCCUCCGUGGCAUUGCAGUUCCUCAGCUGGGGCUGGUUAUGGGUAGACCGACAGGAUCGCCUUAAAUGCAGGCAGGGCGGCCAGGAGGACAGGGGUGAGCAUGGCGAGAAUGGCACCCCGCAUGGAAAGUGCUGCUUGGAACUGCAGCCCUACAACAGCCCCCCAGGACAGGGGACAGAGGGGGGUGCCAGUAACAAGACCGGGGACUCCAGGGUAAUUAACGGACUGAAUGGAUUUCAAGCCCCAGCCCUGGUGGACAGUGCUGCUGCGGGGGGUGACAUGGGUGAUCACACUCCGGAUACAGUGCCCACCCCAGGCAGAGGGGAUGGUGGCAUGCUGGAUAUCCCAGACAGUGAGUGUCCUGACAGAGGGGAUGGUUCCAUUCUGGAUAUCCCAGACAGUGAGUGUCCUGACAGAGGGGAUGGUUCCAUUCUGGAUAUCCCAGACAGUGAGUGUCCUGACAGAGGGGAUGGUUCCAUUCUGGAUAUCCCAGACAGUGAGUGUCCUGACAGAGAGAAUUUUGCCAUGCUGCAUACCCCACAAAGUGCGUCUCCUGACAGUAGGAAUGGUGCCAUGCUGCCCACCCCAGAUUGCCCAGAUGCACAGCCCUGGCUCCCUGCAGAAGCAUAUAAGGUUGAAUGGCCUGGGCAGCAGGCGGUUCCACAAUGCCCUGAAGACCAGUCAGCCUGGAGAGAUAUUUAUCGUAAUGAAAUCAGUCAAGGAAAUAGCGAAAUACAAAACUCCCUGCUCACCAGCCGCCUGGACAACUUUUAUACUUCGCGACCCUUAUACUGCCAUUCAUUGGCUACUAUCUUGCACAUUCUUCAGCUAGGUUAUCCUUUGAGGUGUAUACAUUCAUUAGAGGUGGGGGUGGCAGCGUAUAGAAGUAAAGUUGGGAGUACUUUGUCGAAGCAGUAUCAGGAGGAUGCCUACCUAGUCACCCAUGAUAUCAGCAUGAUGCGGCUAAUAGAGACUUUCCUGGAGAACACUCCUCAACUCAUCCUGCUCUUAUAUAUUAUGUUACAGAGAGGGAUAAUACAAACCUUUCAGUAUUUGGGCAUUUCUGUGUCGUUUAUUUCAAUUAGCUGGGCGAUUUUAGACUACCACCAGUCAUUGAGAUUCUUUUUGAAAGAUAAGCAGAAGUUGGACUUCCUCUCUUCACUUGUCUACUUCUUAUGGAACAUUCUUCUAAUUUUUUCUCGUAUUAUAUGCAUCACACUCUUUACAUCCGUCUUCCACUUAUGGAUUACACUGCACUAUUUUCUCCUUUGGGCUGUUUUCUUUCUUUGGGCAGGACUGCAAAAGACAGACUUUAUGAAGCACACACUCUUUGAAUAUUUCUACAGAGCUAUUGUUGCAGGAGUCCUGUACUUUUCCUGGUUUAACAUCUCUGAAGGAAAAACAAUCUACAGAUGCAUUUUCUACUAUGUAUUCAUCAUGUCAGACAAUACAAUACUGCUCCUUUCGUGGAAAUACUUAGGAUACUCAACUGUUUUAGAUGCGUAUGAACUUACUAUUUUCUUGGUUGUUGGGCUAGCGUUAUUUAUAGGGCUUGCAGUGAGAGUGCUUUAUUACGUAUACUUGCAUCCCAAUGUUAGCACUGACACUAAAGAGUGCUAUGAUGAACCAGAUGGCAGUAGAAAUGGAGAAAUAAGCAACAAAAGCCUGCUUGUAUAUAAAGUGCCUGCAGCCCCCAAACAUCCCAGAAUGCUACAGACGUGGAAGCAGAUGUUUUUGGAAAUGGAACUAACCCGUGGUGCCACUUUGUGCCAAGGUGGCCAUACAUGGUAAAGAUGUUAUGUCUUUGUGCUGUAAAUUCACUGAACUAAAGCUAAAUAAUAGAGUUUGGUACAUUAGUCAUUUAAUUUUAAGCCCCAGAAACUGUUUGGCUCUUACUAAAAGUGUCUUUUAGACAACAAUCUUCUAUUGGUUAACUGGUGAGACAACUCCAAGAUGUCAACCAUAAAUAUACAUGUGGUGUUUAAUAUUUUUAUAGGAUAAGUGAUAGACCUCAUGAUUAACAAAAUUAUUUAUUUAAAAAGCUUAAGACUAACAGCGUAACUCUGCCAAGUACAUAUUAAUCAGUGUACCAAUUGUUUACUAGUUUUAUUGUUCGCAAGACUGGCUGACAGCCUUCAGGCCGCCCAACUGAGAGCUGACCAUGCAGAAAGAGCACCGUUGAGGACCUCUCUGCAUAGUCUUUGUGUCGUCAGCACAGCAUGAGCAUGCCUAAUAAUGUGUUGGCUGAGGUCAGUGUCCUAGAUGCAGAACGCCAGUGAACAAAAUCUGGAUAGUGAGACAGGAAAUCUGUGCUGUCCUGCCUAACUGAGACAAUUGAAAGGCCUGUAGCUAGAUGCAGCUUUUCCUGUCUUCUGGCUUCCCGUCUUUCCAUUACUAGUCACUACAGUUUUGUGACUUAGUUACAGAAAGCAAUGGAAUUGUAAUUUUUUAAUAUAUUAUCUGCUGUGAAAUAGUACUAUUCUGUACACAC